CAAUCAAAAGAGAGGCGAUAAUCUGAUGCAGAUAACGCCGGUUCCACCGUACGUAACAAAUUAAGCAGUACGUAGCAAUCUGCGAAUUACAAGUGUAAAUAACGCCGCCGCCCAUCCACCACCGUGGGCCGGGCUUUGCUGCGAAAAAAAGAAACUCGUUAAAAAUAGCGGCUUAAAAAAGAAAAGCGCUGAAACGGGAAGCUCGGGUGGUAUCGGUUUUUCGCGCGGGCGGUUCGCUGGGCGGGGCCGAACGUUAGUAGCGCGCCGGCGGUCGGCCCGAGUGCACGCGCGUACGUCCAGUGAUUUAUCGGCAUGUCGAUGUCGUCGUGAAUCGGAAAGAUGGACUUUCAAAGUGCUAUGGAGACUUUUGCUGAGGCAUGGGCUGCGGCCAACACGGUGAAGACGGAGGCGGCCAAUGAAUUGGCGCAGAAUCUAACAUCAGAGCUUCGGCGCAGCAAGACGCCGCCGAGACGCUCACCUGAGGAACGCGCGCGCCCGCCAUCGGCGCCAGCACACCACGAGCGCCACGCGCCGCUCUCGCCCAAGAAAGAGGCCUUCAAUAAUCUGCUCAACAAGGGUAUCUCCGGUAAAACGCUGCCAGUCCAUUGCGUGGUGGAGGCGGUCUCGUCGCUGGAGGAGGGCGCGUGGAGGCGGCGGUCAGUGGUGGAGACGGACAGUUACGUCAUCAUCCCCGCCGCCACGGCGUUCCACGAGCUAGUGCCCGCCGCCAUGAUGAGGCUGGGGUACCCGCAUGAGCUCGCCGCCUCGGCCAAAGGUUCAGUGGUAAUCAACAAUUGGAAGCCAUUACCAUUCGAGCGCAUCUCCGACGGACCCCUGGCCACGGUCGGCGAGGUCUUAGGGGAGCUGACCACAGUGGCGACGCUCCGUAUUCAGCUGCUGCGGGCGCGGCAGACUCCGCUGCAGGAUAUCAAGGACAAGCUGCUUAGACUGCUGCUGGUGCAGAGCAGGCCGCUCUUGAUGUCUUCUGGAUGCCCUUUGGAUGAGGUGACGUUAGCUCAAAUAUGUAGGGGCCAAGACAAGCCGCCCGGGCCUCACAACUUCCAUGAGCCAUCGGAAGAGAUGCGUAGAAAGUUUGAAUCCUGGUGGAGUGCCCAGGUGUCUCCACGCCCGCCACCAUUCAGCCCUCGACGGUAUCCUUCUCCGGGGCCUAAAAAUCGCUCACCCACACUCGCGAUGCCUGAUCACUUGCAUCCAGCACUACAAACCGUUCAAAGCCAAUAUCCAACACAGAAAACUCGAAUGCGAACAAGUUUUGACCCAGAAUUAGAGUUACCCAAGCUGCAACGCUGGUUUUCAGAGAACCAACACCCUACUAGACAGCAAAUACAACAGUAUGUCCGGGAACUUAAUAACUUGGAGUCGAGACGUGGCAGAAAACCUCUUGACGUUAACAAUGUCGUUUACUGGUUCAAAAACGCGAGAGCAGCACAAAAACGUGCUGAAUUGCGUAACAUCGGUGGUAUUGGUUGCCAUCUCAACGGCUUUAGUAGUAGAAGCCACAGUCCGAGUAACGGUUCUUUGAUGGCUGGAGGCGAUGGGUACCCACAUGAUCAUAACUCUAUGAAGAGUCCAUUGCAACUAUCAGGGAGUCCUGGCCGAUACCCCAUGUCAGUCAUGUCUGAGGACAACUUAUCCAAUGCUGGAUCUGAUUUGGACGAUGAAGGUGGUGACGUGAAUCCUGAUGACCGACCAGAAAGCCCAGAAGCGCCACUUUCCCUGAUUACUACAAAAAAGAAUAAUGGCACCGAAGAGCAUGAUAAAAAGUCACCAAAACCUCCGGAUAUAAUUAAGGUGCACGACAUUAAACAAGAACCAAGAGACCUAAGUAAACCUGACCAAGAACACUCACCGCACCGUUCACCGGCAAAGAACAGCGAUAGUUCGCAUAAUAACAACAACAAUGAUGAAGAAAACGGGGUGGUUGACGACCACGACAACGCUUCCGAUGACGACGUUGUCCAGGAGCGUCAUUACCGGCCUUCCUCCCCACACCUCGACCGCUUACCCUUUCCCAUGGUGCCGAACCACCCUAUGUUUGGACAUGGAAUCAUGUACAUGAGUCAAUACAUGACGGGGUUUCCAGGUGUUGGUGGGGUUCCCGGUGAAGGCGCUAGCGGUCUGAAUCUCGCCCUUGCCGGCGCUUCAGAUGAGCGGCGAAAACGCAACCGCACAUUCAUAGACCCAGUCUCCGAGGUACCAGUCCUUGAGCAGUGGUUCUCAAUGAACACUCAUCCUUCGCACAAUCUCAUAUUGAAGUACACGGAAGAGUUGAACAGAAUGCCAUACAGGCAGAAGUUUCCGAGGCUGGAAUCGAAGAACGUGCAAUUUUGGUUUAAGAAUCGCCGGGCGAAGUGUAAGAGACUGAAGAUGUCUCUAUACGAGCCUUCUUCGCCUUCGCACUAUACACAUCCAGGGCAUCCUCACGCCCUUGCUGAACGUAAAAUGGUCUGAACAUUGCGCAUAUUAACUUAAAGCAGCAAAGUAUCUUAGUGUUGUGAUUCCACCUAACAAGUUACAAUUACGUAGAAGGUAGACGAGAGAAGUGAUUCCAUUAAAAAUUGAAUGACGCUGUAUCAGAAAGACUGAGUUCAAUUGAAUUGUCUAUGGUGUCGAGUGCCAUGUUAGUAUUUAAUGGUAGCUACGUCAGGUGGCCGUUUUAUAACAGCAUGCAAUCUGUAAAACAAAGACUUUCUUUCUAACAAAUAUAGGUCAAAGAGAGUAGGUACCAUGUGGUUUAUAGGUUACUGACGUUUAUAAUUAUUAAUUAGGCACCCAGGUAAUCCGUGCUGAUGGUCAAUGUACUCUGUUGAAACGCUAAAGAGUAGGCAUAGGCACGUAUAAAGUUAAAUUACCUAUUGAUAUAAACAACUUGCAAUUCUAAUAAGUUUCGUAGUGCUUGUACAUAGCUAGUUGUACAAAACAAAAAGCGGCAAUUAGUAAACGAAUCUCAAAUAUAGUAUGGUACUUAAAUUGUUGUACCUACAGCAACUGUCAACCUAAAGGUAUGUACAGCUUUUUUAAUUAGUUUGUAUCUCAAUUCUAUUUAAUUUAUAAUUAAACUAAGUAAAAUAUCGAAUAUAGUUAAUUAACAAUGAAUACUCUCAUCAUAACUCCGAUUAAACCAAACUUUAGGUGUAUUGUAGACGAAAUUGUAAGAAUGGUAUUCAAUGUUAUUCUUAUCAUGUAAAUUUAUUGUAAAAUAAAUGGAUGUGUCAUUUAGAUUAGAUUACGUAGGUUUAUUAAACUUAUUGCACAUAGUAGUUUUAACGAAACUAAAGUUUCGCUAAUAUCGACCUUGGUUGGUCGAGCAGAUUUGAUGUUCCUAGACUUAGUAUGGUCGUAACAACAUUCUUUAGCUUCUCUAUCUUCACGCUAAGAAGCCAGUUUGUAUUCAUCAUCACUACCUAUAUAUUAUCUUUCAUAUUGCAGAGAGGGCUACAAUGAUUCUAGAAAAAUCUUGAACAGAUUUUCUAGUCAUAUAUUGAACAAUGUCAGAUGUCGCUCAUAUUAAAUUGAUCAUUCAUUUUCAUGCUUCCUCAAUCCAAAGAUUGGUUAUGUUUGUAUUAUGAAUAUGUAAGAAGAAUAUAUGUAAUUACCUACUUACAAAGAGUAUCAAGUUUUUUGGUUACUUUCUGAAAGUCGUCGAAAAUACAUUUUGUUAAUCUAGUUAAGUACUUACAUACUUCCUCUUGUGUAAAAAAAAGUUUUCAUUUUUUUUUCUUUUUUAGAACUUUAAUUUUCGUCAUCAGAUAUUAUUUCCUCACAUAAUCUGUAAGUAAAACAUACGUUCCAAGUAUUAAUUCUAUCUUCGAUAAAUUCUUACUCUGUCCACAGACUAUGCAUGAUUAAUACACUACAGUAUUUUACAAGCAGCAAUAAGACGUUCCAAAUACAUAGUACUUUAACAAUAAGUAUUGAAUCGCCAAAUAGACUACAAUAAACAAUAUUACAGUAUUUACGCAUUUAUUGAUGGAGGCUGUAUUAAGAAAUGUUUUUGACCUACACAAUUAUUGUUUUAUAGUUUUUAGAUAAUUAUGUAUACUGCAUUAAUUGUAAUAUUUUACUGUGGUUAUAAAGUAAACGUGAAAAAAGGGGAACUUACAUGGGUAUCUACCUACUUACCUACGGGACAUAGGUAAGGAUAAUGUUCGGUUACUCUAUAAUCUUGUAAAUCUCAAAUUUUCUUGUUCCCUCGUAUUUUUUUGUGACUAACCUAGGUACGAUUUUCGACGUUACGUAUCUCUUCGAUUUAAAGAAUAUAAACUUGAAGGACUAUAUGGGGUGUAUUAUUUAGUCGACUGUCAAAUUCGGCAAUAAACAGUGUUAUUCUAAAUACGUCGUUGCUGACUGUCGGCAAAAGUAACUGCGGAGUAAACUCGGCCGUGAUGUUACAAUAAAUGCAGUAUGCAGUAACUACAACGCUACAGACGAAAUGUUUUGUUAUUUCCAUGUUAUAUGCUUGUUUAGUGAAGCUGUGAUGAACUCCCAAAUAUUGUAAAUAUUUUAUUAAUGUUUCUAAGGUUGAUAUUGUAAACUAUGUCACUAGGCUCUCGCGGACUAAGUAGCAUUUAUUGUUUAGUUAACGAAGAUAUUGACUAAAUGUUUAUUCCACUCAAUUUAAAUAUACGGAAAAUCAAUUGAUUAUAAUUAUUACAAUAUAAA